UGAAGGAAGAGUUCAGUGUGGAAUUAAACGUUGAAGAAUAAACUAAUGGAAAUGAACAAAUUUAGAGCCAAUAAAUUCAUAUAAAGCGAAUAUAAUGCAAGUUAAUAUAGUCAACCUCUUGACAUGGCUGCUGCUGAUGGUAGCACUCGUCUGGAGCUGGCAAUUCAAUGGAGGUGUGGCCAUGCCACAGGUGGAACCGCGCCAUCAAACCUGCGACAAUGAGCGGCGAUACGAGAACCAGGUCAUGUGCGAGGGCAAAGACUUUGGCGCCCUGGUGCCGUAUCCGGAUAAUUGCAGCCUUUUUCUCGUCUGCGAUUGUCUGUAUCCCACGGUGAAGCUGUGUCCAGCAGAGCUCUGGUGGGAUAAUUCCUCGCAGAUAUGCAAUUAUCCGCAGGCGGUGGAUUGUGUUUACUACUCCAUUGAAACGCCCGUACCCACGGAUGGAACAACGCGAAUUACACCGGGUAUUACCACCGAAUCAACGACUUUAAGUACUCCAAAAGCGUCCGAACAACCAACACCGUUGAGCACUCCAAAGGUCACCGAAGAACCAACCACUUUUAGUACUCCAAAAGUGACGGACAUUCCCUGUAUAACUUCCAGCUGGGACCCGCCACAGUCGCCGCCUGGCAUUCCCGAUGAUUUCUGUAGGCAAUAUCCGGAUGGUUCGGUGCAUCGUUAUCCGUACGAUUGCCAGGCGUAUAUCAACUGCACCCAUGGCUGGCCAGUGCUCAACUAUUGUGUCGAGGAUAAGGUCUUCAAUGAGUGGCUGCUCAUCUGCGAUACCCCCGACACAACCGAAUGCGAGGAGCUGCCAUUGCCCACCCCCAUCCCAACCGAAACGGUGCCUACUUCCACCACUACAGAGAUGGUUUCCACUUCCACGACAGAAGCGGACGAUGUGGAGUGCGGACCCACUCCAGAGUUUGUCGAGGAGGAUUACUGCCAGCCGUUGGGCAAUGGUUUCUACGAUUAUCCCUACAACUGUAGUGCGUACCUCUCGUGCCGCAAUGGCUGCACGGACUUGGACUACUGCAUAGCGGACAAGUUGUUCAAUCCCUGGCUGCACAUCUGCGAUACGCCCGAUUCAGUGCACUGCGAUCCAGAGCCAUAUCCCACAGUUCCACCAUCUACCACGACUGCUCCGAGUACCACAACUUCUGUGGAUAUUUCCACGACUGAUGGCACAACUGCCACCACAGAGGCAGCCACUAGCACCACACCGGGACUGCCGUCCGAUGUGGAUCCCAAUGAUUGUAGGGGUCUACCCGAUGGCAGUCGAUUGCCAUAUGCCGGCAACUGUUCGCAGUUUCUGCUCUGCAAGGACAAUCGAGUGGAGAUGGGUCACUGUCCUCCUACGACGCUCUUCAAUCCGGAUUUCCUCAUCUGCGAUGAGGCUGAUGAUGUCUUGUGCUAUGGCGAUCGCACCACCACACCGAUACCCACGACGACAACUACUGAGGCGACCACACCCACCACCACGGCCACCACAACGACAACGAGGGCCACAACUCUGGGACCCGCGGAGCUCUGUGAGGGUAAGGAUGUGGGAGACUCCUUCCCGUACCCCGAGGAUUGCUCACAAUACUAUUUGUGUCUGGGAGGUGGACAAUGGGUCCUGGCGCCCUGCAUCUAUGGCAGUUACUUUGAUCCCGAGACAUUGAAUUGUGGUCCCAAUGUCUCCCCGACGGCCUGUCAAGUAGGAGAAGCAACCACAGCAGCACCCACAACCACCGAGAAGGUAACCACACCCACACCCACACCCUCAACGGAGCCACCUUCGACCACUGUGGCAACAACCACAACUCCAGCGCCAUCGGGUGGCAUUUGCGGUGGCCGGGAUGAGGGUGAAAAUAUCGCCUAUCCCAAGGAUUGCAACAAGUACAUCGUCUGUGUCUCGCCCAUACCCAUUGCCUUCUACUGCCCCGCGGGAUCGUACUUCAGUUCCAAGGACCAGAACUGCGCCAGCUGGGAGGAGAGCGAUUGCGAUCAGGAUGCCAGCACCACAACGCCGUCCCCAGGCAUAACCCAAGCACCGUUGGAGCCAACGAUAUGCACAAACAGCAGUCGCGACACCUUCCCCUAUCCGGACAACUGUCAGUGGUUCAUCCGCUGUGUGGAUGACUAUAUCUACAUGAUGGACGUCUGCAACUGCGGGGAGUACUACGAUCCCAUGAGCGGAAAAUGCGGUCCAGAUGUACCAUCGGAUGCCUGUCGCUGGGACUACGCAUCCACCACGUCAACCACCAGCGAACCGACAACCAGCACAGCGGUGACCAGGCCGCCACCCCAGAAGAAUCCCUGCGACCAUGUGGUGGAUGGUGCGUUGGUGCCGUAUCCCACCGAUUGCUCCAAGUACAUCAAAUGCGAUCGCCCCAUACCUGUGGCCUUCGACUGUGACAAGGGGGAUGAGUUCAGUGUGGAGCUGGGGGAGUGUGUGGACGCAUCUCUGGCCGGUUGUUCGAUCACAACCACUGCCAAUCCUUCGGGAUCGACAACGCCAUCGACACCAUCGACAAAGACAACAGAAGGGGAUACUUCAACAGAUUCAUCCACAGCAUCAUCUACGGAAUCGUCAACUGAAUCAUCAACAGAUUCUUCCACAGAUUCUUCUACAGAUUCAUCAACCGUUUCAAUAACCACUCAACAGCCAGAUUCAUCUUCCACAGAGCCUGGAACAACCACCACAGAUUCCCAAACAACACCAAAGCCAUCUGGUGGAGUUUGCGAGGGCAAAACGGAUGACUCUCGGGUGCCGUAUCCCAACAACUGCACCAAAUUUAUCGUAUGUCAAUACCCGAUACCUGUGGGCUAUGAUUGUGCCGACGGUUUGGAGUUUAGUCCCACGGAAUUGCAGUGUAUGGAUCCUGAUUUGGCAAACUGUAGUCCGAAGGCGACAACUCCUGCCAUACCAACAUCUACGACGACGGAAUCUUCAACAACGAAGUCUACAACAACAGAAGAACCUUCAACAACAGGAUCUUCGACAACUCAGGCGUCUUCAACACCUGAGCCUUCAACAACGGAGUCUACGACUAAGGAGCCUGCAACAACGGAGUUUACGACCAAGGAGCCUUCAACAACGGAGUCUACGACUAAGGAGCCUUCAACAUCGGAGUCUACAACAACUGAACCUUCAACAACAGAGUCUACGACUAGGGAACCUUCAACGACAGAUUUAACGACUAAGGAGCCUUCAACAACAGAGUCUACGACUAAGGAACCUCCAACGACAGAGUCUACGACUAAGGAGCCUUCAACAACGGAGUCUACAACAACUGAACCUUCAACAACAGAGUCUACGACUAGGGAACCUUCAACGACAGAUUCAACGACUAAGGAGCCUUCAACAACGGAGUCCACGACUAAGGAACCUUCAACAACGGAGUCUACAACAACUGAACCGACUACAACAGAGUCCACUACCCCAAUACCAUCGUCUACCGAGUCUACUACACAGGAACCCUCAUCCACCACCAAGGAGCCAACCACUUUGGAUCCCUACACCCCCAACAUUUGCUGUGGCUAUCCUCUGGGAACUCUUCUGCCAUAUCCGAAUGACUGCAUGCGCUAUGUGGUGUGUGAUUAUCCCAUUCCUUAUGCAGUCGAUUGCGAUGCGGGCACCUUCUUCAAUGAAAACUUGCUUCAAUGUACAUCGAUGCCCAAUGAAAGUUGUCUCUACAAGAGAAGAUAAAUAAUAUUAGUAAUUUAAAUAAAGA